AUGAUUUCCCCAAAAGACACUUCGAACUACGGUACACUUGCCGGCCGCGGUCGAGAGAAGCAAGCGUUUUUAUCCACUGGCCUUACCAGAAGUGAUGGGUCCGUUGCAGUGGAGGUGGAGCUCGAAGAUCGUAUCGGCAUAGGGAUUAAGGGAGAGCUUCACACCUUGUUCAGUUGCGUCGGUGACGCUAAGCCCCUAUACGAGGAACUUGGCGGCGUUGAGGGUAUUGCCGAACGACUUGGCACGAGUAUAACAGAUGGCAUCGACUCUUUUUCUGUAGAGAAUCGGCGUGCUGUGUAUGGGAGGAAUGAGCUUCCUGAGGAGGCUCCGCUGACAUUCUGGAAGAUUUUUAAAACUGCAUGGAGUGACCGCAUGAUCAUACUUUUGACCCUUGCCGCAUGUGUGUCGCUUAUCCUCGGGUUAACUGUGCCGGAACCCGGACACGAGAAGGUUGACUAUAAGACAGGUUGGAUAGAGGGCACCGCCAUUCUUAUGGCCGUGAUUGCAGUAACCUCAGCAUCGUCUAUUCAGGAUUACCGCAAGGAGUUGAAAUUCCGUGCUCUUGUGGAGGAGAACUCUGCUCAGCCAAUCUCCGUCAUUCGUGAUGGUCACAAGGUUACGGUGGAUGUGACAGAAAUUGUUGUGGGUGAUCUUGUGUCCUUGUCACCGGGUCUUGUUAUCCCUGUAGAUGGUUUAUACGUACGUGGUUUGAGUGUUGUUGUUGAUGAGUCGAGUGUGACUGGCGAGAAUGAUCUGAAAAAGAAAGGCGCCGAACAUCCAAUCUUACUUUCUGGGACUGUUGUGAGUACGGCUGAGGAUGCUUACAUUCUUGCGUGCGCCGUCGGUGAGUCUUCUUUUGGUGGAAAGCUGCUAAUGGAAUCUCGUCUCGACGGUGAACCGAGGGCGACUCCCUUGCAGGAGCGGUCGCAAAACUUAGUUAGCUUCAUCGCUCGAGUUGCAAUUAUAUCCGCCGUUCUUUUUUUCAUAGUACUUUGUAUCAUCGAAAUUGAGCGAAUUGCUACAAACAAACAACAAUUUUACCCGAAGAAGUUCCUGAACUUUCUCCUACUUUGUGUGACGAUUGUUGUUAUUGCAGUGCCAGAGGGCUUGCCAUUGGUGGUGACGAUUGCUCUUGCGUACUCACAGAGCCAGAUGCAGAAGGACAAUAAUCAGGUGAGGCGUUUGUGUGCUUGUGAGACAAUGGGCAAUGCAACACAGAUUUGCAGUGAUAAAACUGGGACGCUGACUCAGAAUCGUAUGACUGUGGUACAAGGUUACAUUGGGAUGCGGCGGUUCCGUGUCUCGAAUCCCGGAGAUCCCUCGUCCACGGUUAAUCUGGAGGGUGUGUCUAGUGAUGCACAGUCGUUACUAAUGCUUGGUCUUGCACUGAAUAGUUCGAGUGAGAAGGAGCUUUUACCAGGUAAUGUGGGAGCUGAGUCUGACUUACUGUCUCGAUGGACGUGGCGUACCGACAAGGGCAACAAAACUGACCAAGCGAUAUUGGAUUUUGUGGAUCGCGUGUUGAUAUCGGUACCGGGUAGUUGUAAUGACAAGGAGCUUCCACACCAGAAGUUACGCAUGACAAACUGCAGCCGUGGCUUUGCCAUCUUUCCUUUUACGAGCGAACGGAAGUUUAUGACUGCUGUGGUUGCAGGUGCGGAUGGAGUUGUGAUGCAGUACGUGAAAGGGGGCUCUGAUCGUGUGCUUGGCAUGUGCAACCGAUACUUGUCGUCAGAGGGUCGUGAGGAGCCGCUGACGGAGGAGGUAACUGAGAUGAUCACUGAGCAGAUACGGUCAAUAGCGGGGGACGCAAAUCGCACAAUCGGCGUGGCAUACGGGCGUAUCGGUACGGACGGUGCGGUUCCCGAGGAGGAACCCGAGGGACCAUUUGUGUGGCUUGCACUAUUAGGCAUCCAGGACCCGCUUCGUCCAGAGGUUGUGGAUGCUGUGCGAAUGUGCCAGCGUGCGGGAGUGACAGUGAGGAUGUGUACGGGUGACAAUCUCGACACAGCCGUUGCAAUUUCUCGGCAAUGUGGAAUUUACAAUCGACUGCGUGGUGAUCUUGCGCUCACUGGGAAGGACUUCCGCAACCUUGUGUAUGACACUUAUGGUGACGAGGCGAACAUGGAGAAGUUCUGGCCUGUUCUUGACCGGAUGAUGGUGAUGGGGCGUUCGCAGCCUCUGGACAAGCAACUGCUCGUACUGAUGCUGAUGCUCCGUGGUGAGGUCGUUGCUGUGACUGGUGAUGGGACAAAUGACGCCCCUGCGCUGCGUCUUGCAAAUGUGGGUUUUGUGAUGCGCAGUGGCACGGAUAUAGCGGUGAAGUCCGGUGAUAUUGUGCUUUUAGACGACAACUUCCGUUCCGUCCAGCGUGCCGUUGUUUGGGGGCGGACUGUGAAUGACAACAUCCGCAAGUUCCUGCAGUUACAGUUCACGGUGAAUUUGGUGUGUUUUUCAUUAACCGUCGUAGGUACCCUCGUGAGGGAGGGUAAGUCUUCACCGUUAACGACUGUACAGCUGUUAUGGGUAAAUCUUCUUAUGGACACACUUGCGGCCCCUGCUCUCGCAACGGAGCAACCGACAGAGGAUUGCUUAAAUCGUGGUCCGUCUUCCCCCCGAGCUCCCCUUGUCUCACGUCGAAUGUGGUUCACAAUUUUUUCCGUUGCCACAGUUCAGCUAACUGCUUUCUUUUCUGUGCUCACGUUUGGUGGAAAGUAUUUUGGGGAGGAUGAGAAUGGCAAGCAUUUGCACCGAACAUUUCUAUUCAACGUUUUUGUUUUCGGCACUAUAUUCCACAUGUUAAAUUGUCGCAAAUUGUACCGAGAACUUAAUGUGUUUGAAGGGAUGGGUCGGUCGGUAUUUUUUAUUGUUGUCGUCGGUUCGUGCAUUGCGUUUCAAGUGUUGGCCAUCUGCACCUUUAACGACUUUAUGGGUGUCCGUCCCCUUUCGAUCAAGCAAUGGGGUGUAAGUAUCGGUAUUGCUGCCAUUUCACUUGUUGUGGGUAUUUUGAGCCGGGUGGUGAGCAUCAGGGAACCUGUGUUUGCACUGAUACCAGAUAGUAGAAAUGUCGACGGUAGUGCCUCUCGCCUCAUCAAAGAUGUUUCGGUGGCUGCGGAGCAGAGGCAGCGGGAGACGGACGGGACAAGUGACGCCUCUUCGCUUCUUGCGGGUCGGUUGCGUGCGCAGUCGCGGUGGCGUAGACUUCAGGCAGAGCAUGUGAAGAAACCUCGUGUUGUUAAUGCAUUCCGCCGCGCAUGGACGGAUCGCGAUAUGAAACGGGGCUCCACCCGACAACUUUAUGACACAUUAAGGAUGGUAUGA